AUGAGGUCCGUGCGGCUCCUCGCCCCCCUGGGGCCGCUGGCCUCGCGGUGCCGGUGGGCAGCCCCCGAGCAGCCCGGGAAGGCGCCGCGCCUGCUCCGGCCCCCAGGGCAGGGCCCGCUGCCGGGCUGGAGGCCGUUCAGCUCGUCACAGGCGUCCUGCAAGCUGCCCGGUAGCGACCCGGGAGAGCGCCGUGCCGGCAGCUGCGCUGAGGCUGCCGGGGAGGAGGAGGAGGAUGAGGAUGAAGGCGUGGAGUUCGGGACGCUGUCUGAUAAAUUUUCUUCUAGAAAAUUUUAUCACAAAACCACAUCACGCUUUCAGAAUUUAAAGCUUCAAGAAGAGGGAGAGGAAGAACCAGAAAGAAAACUUCGACGCGGUCCUAAGAACACCCCGUACUGGUACUUCUUAAAAUGCAAGGCCCUCAUCAGAGACGACAAGAUGAAAAAACGAGGCUUAACUCCCACUGAGGCCACUUACACAGCCCUGUUCAAUGCCUGCGCUGAAUCGCCAUGGAAAGACUCGGGCCUGCAGAGCGCGCUCAAAUUACGGCAGCAGCUAAAGAGCAAAAAUGAAGAACUGAACCUGAUCACUUACCAUGCGCUGCUGAAGGUCUGUGCCCUGUGCUCAGAUCUCAGGAUGUGCUUUGAUGUACUGAAGGAAAUUGUGCAGAAGGGCCACAUUCCCACAGCCGAGACCUUCAGCUUCCUUCUCAUGAGCUGCAUAAAGGACAGCGAAAAUGGCUUCCGAUACGCCUUACAGGUUUGGAAACAAAUGACUAAACUUGGAAUAAAGGCCAAUAGCCACACUUACAAUUUGAUGCUGCGUGCUGCGAGAGACUGUGGAAUAGGCGAUCCGGUCGUGGCUUCUGAACUCCUGCUCAGACCCACCCACGAGAACUCAUCUCAGCUAAGGCUUGCACCCGGGAGGCAGAAGGAAAAGGUGAAAAAUCAGAAGAAGGGAUCAGAGAGUGCAGCUGCUGUCCAGCUGGAUGUGGAAGCUAUGGAAAAGCAAUUAUUUUGGGAGAGUUCAGUGCAGCCUGAAGAACUGAUCCGGCAACAAAAUAAAGAUGUGAAUCGGGCUGAAACAGAACCAGCUGCUCUCGACAGCCCCAGCGUAGCUUGCAGCAGGACUGGAGCAUUGAUGAGGAGAGGACAGAACGAGAUGGAGCAGGAACAGGCACGCCUGAACCAGAAGCAGCGUUUCUGCAACCUGCCCAACUUGCUGGAUGCCAGGAUGCCUGAUGCAGCCGUAGUUUCCUUGGGGACAGUGGCCACACCGUCCAAUAGACUGGCUUUGAUGGGGGACGUGGAGGGCUUCUUGAGUAAAAUGAAAGAGGACAAUGCAGAACCCAACAUUAAAACGUUUACAUUACUGGCUGAGCUGGUGGAACCCCAGAGCCCCUCCGAGUCCUCUUUGCUAGCGCUCCUAGAUGAGCAUAAAGUGAAAGUAGAUGUGACCUUCUUUAACACUUUAAUAAGGAAGAAAAGUAAACAGGGAGAUCUGGAAGGAGCAAAGAGCAUGCUGCCAGCCCUGGUGAAGAGGGGACUGUCGCCUAACCUCCAGACAUUUUGUAACUUGGCAAUUGCUUGCCACCGAGAGAAGGAUGGACUGCAGUUACUCGCAGAUCUGAAGAGGUCUGGAGUAACUCCCAACAAGUAUAUCUACAGCACCCUCAUUGCUGCGGCUGUGAGGCAGCUGGAUUACAGUUACCUCACAGAGAUCCUGCGAGACAUGAGGAAUAAUCAGGUGCCUCCCAAUGAAGUUAUCAUACGCCAGCUGGAGUUUGCAGCACAGUACCCUCCAAAAUUUGACAGGUAUAAGUCAAAGAACACAUACCUGGAGAAAAUUGAUGGUUUCCGCGGCUACUAUUAUCGGUGGUUAAAAGUAAUGGCAGGAGAGGAGACCCCUCACCCCUGGGAAAAAUACAGAACAGCGAAACGUGCGGCAGAUGACAAUAAGGAAGAGGUUGCGGAGGAGCAGCCAGGGCAGAAGUAG